AUAGCUUAAUGACAACUAUUGUUACCUUAAAGCAUGUAAUGGUGGGUUCUGUGAAGAGUGGAAAACAAUCACAAAACCACAGAACCCACACAUUUCUUUUGUUCUAUUUAAUCUUUCAUUUCUUCGAUCUAAUCUUUGGUGGAUUAACUUAUUGGCAAGUACAAAGCUCCCAUAUGAAGGGUGGUGGUUGACUUAAGAAAAAGGAAGAGGAUAAAACGAUUCCCAUGUUUCGACUGUGCAUCUUCGUUCCUCCCCUCCCCCCGACACGCACGCGCCGUGCACACACACACCUUUCUCUCUCUCUCUGAUAAUCCGAAUAAUUUCUAAUAUCGAUGGACAAUUGAUUUACCAACAAAACAGAACAGUGUCAGCAUGAGUGUAUUCGCAGAAUAAAACAACACACUUGUAGGGCUGAAGGACACAACCACGGACUAUAGGAGGUUGAAUAGGGUUUCAGGGAUUUCAAUCCUUAAGGAAUUUCUAACAGCAACUAUGGAUGAGAAGCUAACACUCAAAGUUAAACAGAAGACAAGCCACUCCACCACAGCAGACAACUACAGCAUCAACUCGUCCACUAAAAAUGUCUGCACAGCCACCACAGACAGGACCAACAGCAAUGGCACGACCAAGCCUCUCAUCUCCCCAGCUAAGACAGCAAAGCUUGGCAAUGCUCAGGAUUUCGAUGACAUCUUAGAGGUGGUGGGAUCGUUUGGCCGCUAUCAAAAGAAGAUGAUGUUCCUCAUCUUCAUGCCGGUCUCUUUCUUCGCUGCAUUUACAUCAAAUUUGUUCCUGUUCCAAAUGGUGAUGCCUGAUUACUGGUGCCACACCCCGGGACGUGAAAAAACCUCACUCAGCCUGGCCCAGUGGCAUCAGCUCACACGCCCGAGCAAUAAUGGGGAGCCCUCCAGGUGCUUGAUGCAUGAAAUCAACUGGACUUACAAAAACACCAGCUUAUUCACUGUCACCAACCAGACUAAAGGACAUGAUGUGCUUACAGAAUGCAGCAAUGGCUGGGAGUUUGACACGACUGAAUAUUCAGCGACAGUGGGUACAAGCCUGGGGUGGGUGUGUGAGCAUGACCACUACUCCCAUUACACAUUGUCCAUCUCCAUGGCUGGCAAUGCUUUUGGCACUCUCAUCCUUCCAAUACUUGCUGACAAAUAUGUGGGUCGACGGUUCAUGUUCUUCAUAACUCUCAUCCUCCAUAUCAUAUUCACAAUUCCACUACUGUGGGUGACGGGAGCCCAAAUGCACAUGGCCCUUCGCUUCUUACAGGGUCUCUGCUUCGAAACCAACUACCUUAUGCCCUACAUAAUCUACAUGGAAGUCAUACCACCAGAGCGCCGUGCCCUUGCUGUAAUGGUGUCCUUCAUUGCAUGGACCUUCGGAAUGUGCUCAACAGCAUUUGUGGCGUGGCUUGUCCCGCACUGGAAGUACCUGGCCGUCAUCUCCAUUAUCCCCUCCCUUCUCGGAUUUCUAUAUUGGAGGCACCUCUCAGACUCCCCACGCUGGCUGCUGGCCAAAGGCAAGAUGCAUCAGUGUGUUGACGUCCUUCUGCAGAUCAGUGUGACCAACAGAAAGCAGGUGUCGCAACACGAGGUGGAGGUCAAGCUUAUGGAGCUGAUUCGGCAGCAGCCUGUGGAUCGACCACUCAGCGAUGUGCUACGCUAUCCAAAGCUCGCCCUUAGGACUCUGAUGCUCUUCCUCAUGUCGUUCAUGCAGUUUGUGGUGUACUCAGUCACCAUGUUGAGCAUGACAGUACUCCCAAAUAGUUUUCUGGCUCAUUUUGUCCUCUCCAUCUUCGAGUUACCAAGCAACUUCUUUGGCUGGGCCAUAACUCACUACCUGGGCAGACGCUUCAUGGCUUACUGCACCUUCCUGCUACUGUCCGUGUUUUGUUUGGCAGCCUACUUUAGCAUCCAAAAUGAGUGGCUCCUACUGACAAUAUUGGGCUUUGUGAAAUUUUUCUCAACGUGUGGCCUUUUCGUCGUUUUCCUAAUGGCAAGUGAGGCUCUCCCUACCCCUGUUAGGACCUCUGGCACUGGAAUCACUGUGGUGUUCGGAAUGCUUGGGAUGGUUACAGCACCUCAUGUCCUUCACUCUGGGUUCGCUGAAGGUGGCCACUAUUGGAUCCUGCUGGCAAUGACAGUGGCUUCUGCAAUUUGCAUGAUUCCUUUCCCGGAGACUUUGGGGCUACAGCUGCCCCAAACAUUCCAGGAUGCUGAAGAUCUAGGGCAAGGACGCCCCUUUAUCAAAUGGAUCCACCACUGGAACCUCCACAACUUCAUGCAACCACCAGAGUCUCAACAUAAAACAGUCAAUGAAUCUUUGAUGAGUUAAUCCAACUGGAUUCUAAAAUUUUGUAUAUAUGGCAUUUUAUCAAUAUUCUUACUCAUCUACAAAAAAAUCAAAUAUACCUCAUCAGAAAGACAGGGUAAUCAAAGCUUGUCAACCUAAGGUACUUGUGCUAAAUGGAGUACAUAAAUGUUUUUUUUUUUUUAGAUAUAAUACCUUAAAUAAGUGCAAAAUAUAAUAUGUAUAGUUGGUGCCCCUUCUAAUAAAGAAAUAUGUACCUUAA